GACAAGACUGUGAUGAGUGCAACAAGUUCUACGCAAUUCCACACGACACCAAAGUCUCGAGGAUCUCUCAAGGCGAUGUCGACGCCAGCCACUGCUAGCGCGGCCAGUAUGCAGGUGGUAGACAUUGACAUAUCAGCUGUUGUGCCUGAACAUUCAUAUGUUGCUUUGCCGGAAUCCAGGAAGACUACUUCAGCCAGACACGUGCCCAGCAUGUCAAAUCAAUCUUCUAGGUCUUCAUCUCGCGACCAAGAAUCGAAGCGAGAGAGUAAAGCGGCGCCCUCUUUAGAAGACGACCAGCUUCACCUUCAGUUGCUCUACAGCCGCUAUAUGCAGUGGGCCUACAUGGACACAAUGUCAAAGAAAGCAUGUGACCAUCAGGAGGCUGAUGCACAGAGACAGAUGUACCAACUCUGGCAGGAGUGUGAACGGCUAGACGACUACAAGAGUAGGCUAGAUCUCGCACUAGACAAAGUAAAGCACAUCAAGAUGCUUGAGAAGACCAUUGCAGCACAGAAUCACGGCCUGGCAGAAGCUUUGAAGUCGAUGUCGCAGAUGAAAGACAAGUAUGCGAACAUGGCCGCCUCUGUGGAGGCGACGUACCAUCAUCUGCCAACGCACGAUCACCACAUCCCCGACGAUCCCACCGAACAGAGUGCCAUUGUGGAGGCGUUGGUGGAGACGGAGGCCCUGCUACACGAGAUAACUAGCUUCAUGUCCGAGCACACUCCCGCCCUCGAGGAAAUUGCGGGUAGUCUGGCCAAGAUUGAAGAUGUGGCGGAGGAAGAGGUGGAGCAGCUGACGAAGUGCGAUAAUCUACUUACAGCCACGAUGACACUAGCAGCACAAGAGGCUUCUAUGAAGGUUCAUCUGCAUUCAGACAUAGCGUAGGGUUUGGCAUUGGCCUGAUAGAAAGAAACGUGUAAAAAAUUACUUUUGUAUAAUAAUUUUGAUAGGAUGCUUUGACGAUAUUAUUAGAGAUGAAAUAUCGUACAUAUUUGUUCAGUAGUGCUGGAGAGAAUUCAUGUCGACGAAUGGCAUUUUGAGAUGAUGAAAAUACUUAAAACAAAAAUGUUUUUUGUCUGGCCAAUGGGUGAUGGAUAAUUGUGUGCCAUUUAAUUGGUGUUUGAUUAUUGGCUGGCAGGAGAGUUUGACCUUGCAAAAUUUUCGGUAGGCAUGGCUAGUAAAGGGUGAGAAGCACAUUGCAGAAACACGUUCAGAAUGAUCUGUGCAAAUCGUUGUUAAAUCGAUAAAAAAAAACACGAAAACAUUAUACCCUGUGUAUACCCAAUCGUGCUCGAUUCUACUGUUGAUAUAUUUCACGUGUUUAGAAUGCGUCAGCCUGGCGAGCGGUCACACGUGUGCUAGUAUAACUCCCGUUACUUGCAAUUUCGUUCGAUCCCAUGUCCACGCAUAACAAGGUUUUGAGUUUGCUAGGUGGGUCCGAUGCUGCCGCACGAUCCACGUAUGAACAAGGAGCCACGUGGGCAAUUGUGUUGACAUCAUCUAUAUGUGUCAACGCUAGCACACUAAUGGCCCACUAAUGAUUUUCGUCGUUGAUGAAUGCAGCUUUUCACGCCGAUCCGGACCGCCAUCAUUCACCCCCUCCUAACUAUUAGUUUGCGUUUAGGGUACACGCUAUAUCGUAAUGAAAAAUCCCUAAUCCUUACCAUGCCGAAUAGCUGGGCGGUAAUCCGAAAUUCAAAUGUCAGGCGUGCAUGCAGGUAAUGCAUGGCGAAGCGUGUACGUGGCGAAGCGGUGGGGGCCUCCUUAACGGUGUGCCGCGAUUGUGACUAGAGUCUUUAAUUCGCCUAUCGCAACGGCGGGAAGCGAGGAUAAUUGGCAUUAAUGAGGAUGGCCGGCAAAGCUACAAUUAGCACUAAUUAUUGAAAAACAGGAUGUGAUGGGGAAGCAUCGCAACAAUGCGUUCUUUUCACGCGUGUCGGCGAGAAUGUUUUCUGUUGUUUUCGGCACCUUGUGUCGAGAGAAAGACCAGAACAAGAGAAAGCCAACACGGUAUAUUAGCACUCGAUUAGACUAAUUUAUUAACAUCACGAGUAUAUUUAGGAAAUAUUGUGUAAUUACUACAAUACUGUAUUCCUUAUAUAGUGGUGUAGUUGAUAUAACAAGUGUAUAGUUAAUUUAGUAUAAAAAACAUACGUAUAGUAAAAACUAAACAAGUAAAAAGUGUACAUUUUAUUUUAAUUCUAAAAAAUUUCCUUCGACCUUCACAAAUAUGAUAGUUCAGGAUUGAUUGAUAUAUUACAUCCUCACAACCCAGGCUCCGCGGUUCGCGGCCUAUAUAUGGCACUGGGAGUAUUCGCUCCCCACGGAGACAUUGCACCGCUUUUCAUCUCAUACAUUCCCAAUGGUUGUGGGUGUUGAUGAAUUCAUCCCCCAUUUCCUUAUGAUAUCAAAACAUGAUAUUCUAAUCGAAUGUACCGCGCUUUUGCGCAUAAUCCCCCAAGACUAACAUAAUAUAACCAACAACUACAACCGUCUUCGGAUAAGUAGAAAAGCCAAUCUUCUCUCUAAUCUCUCGAGGAAGCUCUCUACAUACACGAAUCGUGAAUUGCGUGAAUAAUGUAGCUAUUGAUAAGCCGACCGGCGGCAAGGCACGGCCGAACAAAACGGAUCCGCGACGUUGUAACAAAAUCCUGCGUGCGUGCGUGCGAGCGUGCGUGCGUGCG